UUCGGCAUAACCUGGAUAGCAGGCUGCUGUUGUGCGUUUGUUUGGCCUCUUUCUCUGUGCUGGAUGAGGCUGUGCAGCGUUCCCACGGCUGUCAAAUUCCUAGCUCUACUGCUCCUUGCACUACUCAUCUACACAGCAGUUCUCAGAUAUGGAGGAUGCCAAUAUGGAGAGAAGAUGCUCAAAGAGGGAUAUGACAUUCAAGACGGAUGUUGGACGUGCCGUUGCAGGUUUGGUAUGGUUUCAUGUACUGAGAUUCGUGGCUGUAGCAACACAUCAAACUUGUCCAUGAAAUUCGCCUACCAGCGUGCAGCAGGAAAUGAUCGUGUUGUGGACACGGGCGACCCUACUGCUGUUCACAUCAUGAUCUGUUCUGAUGAGAAUACUCUUGGUGGGAUGGUGGCUUUGAUCAACUCUAUUCGUCUGCAUACAAAUACAUCAGUGAUUUUUCAUUUGGUGACUGACGAAGCAUCUCACAAUCACUUGAAGACAUGGAUAGAGCAGACAGACUUGAAAGGAAUAAAAAGAGAAAUUAUCGUUUUUGAUGAGAACAGGGUUGCAGGAAAGUACGUUGUUCGUUCUUCAAAUCAAAGGCUCAAAAGUCCAUUGAAUUAUGCUCGAUUUUACAUUCCGUAUCUUCUUCCUGACUUCAAUGGACGUCUUAUCUACAUCGAUGACGAUUGCAUUGUUCAAGGAGAUAUCAAAGAAUUGGCUGCAGUUUCUAUAUCUGAUGAUCACUUGGCUGCCUUCUCUGACGACUGCAGUGCAAUUGCCAAACGAUUCAACUUGUUUCGAAAUAACUUUUUCCGGUUUUUGAAUUAUGCUAAUGAGCGUGUUCAAAAACUGGGCAUCUCACCACAGACAUGCUCAUUUAGUGCUGGUGUGUUUGUGGCCGAUGUGAAACGAUGGAGGGAACACGAUGUCACUAUAAAACUUGAAUAUUGGUCCGAACUCAACACAAGGGAAAACAUUUAUGGAGGUCAGGAUGGAGGCGGUGGCUCUCAACCUCCCAUGAUGAUUGUUUUCCAUAACAAGUAUUCACGUCUUGAUCCAAUGUGGCACGUUCGACAUCUCGGUUGGAGUACGGGCAGUAGAUAUUCUCGUCAGUUCUUACAAGAAGCUCAUUUGCUGCACUGGAACGGCGGUUACAAACCGUGGGGUAGCCCGGCUCAAUAUGUAGAUAUCUGGGAUAAGUACUACAUUCCUGAUCCAACUCGACAAUUCAAACCGAUGAGAAAGUAUAAAACACUUUGACAGGUAUUUACUGUGAUUCAGAGUGGAGUCAGCUUUCUCUCUAUCAUUAACAGUUAUAUGUGUAUGAAAACAGUAUAGCUUUCUAAUAAAUAGAGAAACAUUAGUAAUGCCAGUGGCGAUGAGCAUCUAGUCAUGUAAUGCUCCAAGUUUGUGUCGUAGUUGUCAGGCAGUGCAUGUGGCUCCUUA